UGUCUAUGAGCUGCGCUGGAUUUGCGUGUGACUUUUGAGACUCCCCUGACGUCCCUCGAUCCACAAAUAACUUUUUUUUAACACCGAAGGAUCUGCAACCAAUCAGAUGUCUCCCUUUAUUUCAGCCAAUCAUAAGAGCGCACCCCACGUGGGGGACGACUUACUCGUAAACCAAUCAGAUUAAACCUUUCAAACCGCGCUGAUAUGAAUUUCAGUCAAAUCAACAUGGCUUCCAGCAAUGACAGCGGUCCGGUAAGUGAAACUUAUAAUUCAACAUGUUUGGAUAGUUAAUCGCCUUUUUGUGAGGAGUUUUUGUUAUCAAUAUUAAUUGGUUUGAUUGUGCUAUUACCAAUACAAGCCAGCCAGCUAAGCGAGUGAGCUCCGACAGUAAGCUCCGAUAGUAAUGCUGGUGCUUCUGCAGGCCAGCAGGUUCAGGCUCGUAUCUUUCCAUAAAGUCCAGUUUCUUUUGAAUGAAAUGACUGUUUUUCAGGGUCUGUGGCCCCGAGCCGAGGUAGCAGCUCGGUCGUUGGUGCAGUUAUUGGCCCGGGAGAUGUCCUCGGCCCCAAGUACAGCAGGACAGAGUACAGCAGGACAGAGUACAGCAGGACAGAGCACAGCAGGACAGAGCACAGCAGGACAGAGCACAGCAGUCAGGGCUGAAGGCAGGGCCUCUUUGUCUGGUAGCGAUGGUAGCGUGAGACAGGCCAUGAGAAGGCAGUUCCCGAGUAUGUUUAAUAAUCGGGAUCAGCCUAGAGGAAAACGGCGAUUUUCAACCCCUGCCCCUUGCAUUGUGAAAAGGACAGACUUUUAUGUUUAUGUCCUUUCGGAACCCAGUAAGCUCACACCAAAAGGCUCAGAAGAGCUGGAACUUGCACAUGCUGGCCUUGGGAAGAGGAUGUUAAGUAUGCCAGACCAGCUGACACACAACGAGAUUGUGGCUCUACUUGAAGAUGAAUUUCCAAAACUCAGGACCUUACAAGGAGGUUGGAUGUUUUACAAGGGUUCAGGUGGUAGCGGACGUCGCAAGCUUACCAUAAUUCCAACUGACGCUGAGGGUUACUCCACCAGGCUUCUUAAAUCGGCAUCUAACAAUGGGAAAAACAUACUAUUUGUUGUUCCACUACAGGAGAAGCUUUCUACAGAACCACUUGCCUAUGAUUCAGUAGAGUUUUCCAAGAUGCCACAAUCAAAAUGCAUUGCAUGUGGUAGUCAAAUGCCUUUGCAACUCUUGCCAUUGCAUGUGGAGGGAUGUGAUGGCUCAUCAGCUGAGAAUGAAUCUGGGACAUGUAUGGAUGAGGAUUCUUCCGUUCAUGAGAACCCAGUCCCAUCUACCAUGGGCAUUAAUGAAAUCUUGAGGAUUUGCCCAAUCUGUCAUGUAUCAUACCCAGCUGAAAUCAUAUCAUUUCAUGCAAGUACAUGUGGUGAGAGAAUGAAUUGUGCUCAACAAAACGUUGUAGCCAGUCCCCCAAGGGAAGAAGAAUUGCCAGGACCCUCAGUUCCACAAUUGUCAGCAGCUUCAACCUGGGCCAAUGAAGUUGACCCCCAAAAAGCAUGCCAGUUAUUCAGAGAAGAGUUACUGAACCGUUUCUCUGAAAGUCCACGCCUUUCUCUGUCACUCGACAUGUUUGAUGCAGAAGAAGAACAGGACAGUGCAAUCAUUGCAUUUUAUAAGCUAAAGAAUAUUCACUGGGCAGCACCCUUCCAGUGCAGGCUGAGAGGAGAUGCAGCAGUGGGUGAUGGUGUCAACAGACAUGUUUUGUCAAUGGCCAUGCAGAAAUUGAAGACUGGCUUCAUACUGAAUUUAGGCUCUGCUGCACCCACAACCCUAUUUGACGGGGAAAAAGAACACCGUGUUCCUUCUGCGGCUGCUGUCUUGCGGGACAGCAACCUAUUUGAGAUGGCAGGUCAUAUGAUUGGUCAUUCUUUCCUGCAUGGUGGAAUAGGCUUCUCAGGACUCAGUUUACCUGUGGUGACGGUAUUGACUGGUGGGAGCAGUGAGACUGCAGCAUCAGUUCUGACCCUGGAGGACUGUCCUGAUAUUGACCAUCGUCAAACUAUUGGUUUACUGAAGAAUGAUGAACUUACUGCAGAAGAAAAUACCAAAGUGACUGAUCUUUGCCUGUCCUGGGAUUUUCCAUUUCCAACCUCCACCAAUCGUGUUUGGCUUUUUCAGGAACUGCUUUCACAUGCUGUACUCCACCGUGUUAAACAGCAAAUUAAGCAAAUCCGUAAAGGUCUGAAGGAAACAGGAAUCUGGCCAAUUAUUUCAGAUAGGCCAGAUGUCCACCCCUUAAUUUUUCCAAGGGAGUCAAGCGAGAAGCUCAACCCACAGUCUUUGAUCCAGGGCAUUACCUGGCCACAACCAAGCUGUGACAGCGACGAGGAUGAGGAUGACACUGUCCCACUAGAGAAAAUCGCUCUAGUCACUGGAUAUCUUCGAAAAUUCAUAGAGGAAGCAACUCCAGAUGUGCUGCGUGACCUGACCAAGUUUUGGGUUGGGUGGGAACGCCCAACUGGAAACAUGAAUGUGGAAGUUGUAACUUCUACCUAUCCAGUGGCUCUCACUUGCUUCAUGAAGUUGAAGCUCCCCAGCCACUACCAGAGCUAUACAAGUUUUCAGCAGGACUUAAUGAUGGCCCUGACCUCCAUAGAUUCUGGCUUUGGACUUGUGUAGGGGCAAAUGUGUCACUAUGGGGAAUUGUGGGCACAAUAAUUAAUGUUCUACUUUAGUUCGGCCCCAUGUUCUUUUAUCUGGCCUCAAGAAAGUGCUGCAUGUAUUGGAGAGUGUUAAUAUAGAUGUCCGCUCCAAAACAGUCAGAUUGCUGCAAUGGAUCUAUGUUGUCUUGCAUAGCCAUGGUUUCCAGCUCCGAAAGAGGACUGUCCAGUUCAGGGAUAGUAACACCAGGACGAGGUUCAUUUGUGUAGCCACUAUCCUCCCAUUGAAUCUCUGUGAUGGGUAUUACCUAAAAGUUAUUGUGUGAAAAAGAAAUAUGCAUAAUAAAUAU